AGAAGAGAAACGUUAAAUAAUAGAAAUUCAGGCGUUUAAAUGAAUGUCAAACGCUAGAAAUUUACUAUCAAAUUUUUAAAACGUCAAACGUUAAAAAAGUAAGUCGAUUUGACAGAACAGAAAAUCAAUCAGCAAUAAAAAAUAUCCAACAUAGAAAAACAAUUCGUUAAGCGCCAAAACGAACGUCAGAACAAACGUCAAAUAUUAAAAAAGAACUGUCAAACGUUAGAAAUUACCAUCGAGCAAUGUCAAAUUGUUUUAAAUCUAUUUUCAAUGUCUUUAAAAGUUAAAAAAAAAAUCGUAUGACGCCUCCUUAAAAGAUUUCUGGCUACGUCUCUGGGUAAAUUCAUGUGUAAAUGUAAAUAGUCAUGAGCAAAAAUACUUUGCGUAUAAAAGAAGGUUAUUUUCUAUUAUUUUUAUUAAAAACUUUUAGCCCCAAUUUACCCCAUUGUAUUUCUGUUAUUGAUAAUUUUUUAAAGUUCUUCUUACAUUUCUGAUUUGCGAAAAAAAUUUAAACAAUGACGUCACUAUUGUAUUUCUUAUCUCGUUUGAAGCACGAAGUAUACUCCUUUUGAAAAAUCAUUAACGAAGCAUUAGUAUAAAAUAUGCUAUGUAUUUUUAAGAGUUAUUAAACAAAAAGAAAUAAAGCUUUGACAGUUUUUUCUCAGUGAUCUUUGUGAAAAAUUAGUGUUUUUAUGAUUUUUUAGUUUGUAAUCUCCUUUGCAGGAUAAGGGUUAAAUUACUCUGCAUAUCCUGAUUUUUCCUGAGGUGGAAUUUUUUUAUACAGGAACGGGUAAAUUCCUUUCUCCUAAUUUCAAUUUUUUUCUAAUUAUUCUAUAUGACUGAUUAUGCCAAAAAAUUAAUUUCUUGAAAUUGUUCUUUUUUCAAAGACAAACAAAUAUCCUUUAGAAAAUCUACAACAAUUUCUACCUGUGUGAGCUACCUGCAGGUAUAUACUUAUUAGAAUAAAAAUAGAAAAGGGAUUUUUUUUCUGUUUCUUCUUCCAUUGAACGACCUGCCCGUUUUUCUGCAUUUUGCCAAACUUCCCUUUUUUUUACCACAAAAUUUGCACCUGCGAACUCUCUCAAACAGGGGGAAGCCUUUCGCAUUUGCCGACGCACUCCAUUUCUUUUUUUUCCUUCAUAAUUCUCAACAUCGCGUGCAAGAGUUCACUGUAUAGAGAGAAAAAAAGACUUUAAUUGUGCCAACUUAACCCCUUUCUUUUACACGCGGAGACCCUCUACCAAAAAAUUAUAAUGGCGAAAAAAAAAACGCCGGCAAAAUCCUCCUGAAUCAACGGAAGUUGCAAAGGGGUUAGUUAGAUCGGUGCGGGUAAAAAAAAACGCACGAGGUGUUUGCAUUCGGCGAGAAUUUUCCGUGAUAUAAUUCAAAUUUAAUAGAGUGAUAGAAGGGGGAUGAAAAUUACGCAUAAAGUCGAAGAGUUGAGAGUUGUGGAGAGUGCAGAAAAAAAAACACGGGAGAUGAAAAAGCAAAGUGGAUGAAAAAAAUUCUCUUGUACACACCAAUUCAAUUAUGUGUAUACAAUUCCAUGAUCGAGGGGAUGUUUUUGCUCCAUUUAUCCCAAACCCCUUUUUCCACGCUACCUACAUUCCCUCUCUGCUGGACUGAAAUGCUGCAGAAGCAGUCUUGGCAAUUGCAAAAAAAAGGAGAGGAUGGAGGACAAAGUGGACUGAGAAUAAAUAAACUCGGUGAAUUUCUUCCUUAAAUCGUCGUCCAUUCCCCUUUUUGGAUAAACUUCUUUUUCUCCUUGUAAACUGGGAAGUUGUUUUCGGGAUGUGUGUGGUUUGGCUGUGCAUCUGUAAGGGGUGUGUCAUUCAUCACAAUUUUUCCCCCUUAAAUAUAAAGAUUUUUUUUUUAAUUUGGGAAAUCUCUUUUUUCCUUAAAUUUUAAUAUUUCUUUUAUUGUAUUUUUUGAAAAAGAAUUGUAAGCUUCGAUAGGUUAUAAAAUAAAGUACUCGAUAUAUUUGUAGAGCUUAACGAUGACACAAUUCGCUUUAUAACAGUUUACGUAUUCUGCAUGUACAUAUAAUUCUUAUAAUUAAAAGAAAAACUUAUGCCUUUUUCAAUUUUUAGACUUUUAUUGAUAGGUUUUUUUAUAUUUACCGAAAUUCUAAAUAAAACAUCUAACGUUGGAAAUUACAAAAGUCAGAAGACGUAAGAAACGUCAAGCGAUAAAAUAAAAGUCAAACUGAAAAGAAACGUGUCUGAAAACAUUGUCUAACAAUUAAAUAAAUAUAAAUUAUUAUAAAGGAAUUGUUGAAGGUUUUAAACGUUUAAGAUUAAAAAGAAUAAAACGUUAGAAAGAAAACGUCAAAUCUUAAACUAAAUGUCAAAUGAGAGAACAUAUGUAAUUUUUAAACGUGACAAAGUAAAUAGACAGAAAAGAAACGUACAUUCAAUUAAAAAAAAUACUCUUGUAAAAUAAAUAUCAAACGUUAGAAAGGAAACGUCAAAUAUUGGAAAUUACGUUAGAAAUUAUAAAAAGGAAAAGGAAAUUUUGAACGUUAAAAAGACACGUUAAACGUUAGGGAAAAACGUCAAAUCUUAAAAUAAAUGUCAAAUGAGAGAACCGAAUUUUUAAAUUUUAAACAUAAGAAAAUAAAUGUAAACUGACUGAAAAUAAGUGUUAGACAUUUACAUCCAAUUUGAAUAAAUAUUCUUUUACAGCUUCUUUUAAAAGAAUGUAUAACGUUAGAAAGGAAACGUCAAAUAUUUGAUAUUAUGUCAAGCAAUAAUAAUAAUCGUAAACCGAUAGGAAAAAAAAAACUUUAUUAAAUACAACGUUAAACUAAAAUAAUUACCAAAUACUAGAUACGAAAUGUCAUUCGUUAAGAGAAACGUCAAACGUUAAAUAAAAUUUUAAAAAUGAUUAACAACAGCGUCAAGCUCUAAACUCUAAAAAUGGAAUUAUAAAUUCUAGAAUAGAACUGAAAUGCUAAAAAUGCAUGAAUUUGUCACUACGCCUCUGUUUUAACCUUCCGGACGGCCGUCCAGCUGGUCAGACGGAUUUUUCCACCAUAUUUGCAAGUCCCAAAAAGGAGCUUACAUCAAGUUUGAGCCCGAUUUAGCGCUCUAGGUCCGAUUUAGGUCAUCCUCCUCUAUUUCAUCAUCAUUGGCUGUCUUUCUUUAUUACAAGAAAACAUUCAACUAUAUAUUUUCUCUUUUAUAAGCUUUAAGAUAAAUUUGAAAAAGAGAAGAAAAAAAUCCCUAUCAAUUUCUUGCAGUGCAAAUCCCUCGAUAUUUUAAUCCUCUUUACCCCAUAUUCUCUCUCUUUUCUAUGUCCAGACUCGAGAGGGCGGAGGGGAGGAAGGGGUUUUGUGUAGAAAGCCCCCCUUCCCCCCAAAAACCACAGUGUGAGUAUACUUGAGAGAAGUUCCUUGUUGAAAGUUGAAAAGAAUCCCCAUUUCUCAUCGAAUGGGGGUUAAUUUGACCAUGAUCACCCUCCGAAGGGUGUUUAGUGUUUGAGAGCUCGCUCCGCUUCAUUUUCCUUGUCAAGGAUAAUGAAAAGGAUUCACUGGAGACAUUUACUCUCUCUCUCUCUCUCUCGCCAUCUCACUCACACAUGAAAUUUUCUCACCUCAUGCGCCCCAAGAGAAUUAUCCUUCUGGGCUUUUGACCUUCGGGGGUUGAAUUUCCGUGUGUUGCCAACCCUGUGUCAGCGGGAGGAGGGGUAAUCUUCUAUCUCUCUCUCAUGUACAUUUUCUGUUGAGUUUUCAGUGAUCGUUGUUCCAUCUCUCUCUCACAUUUGGGACAUCUGGUGGGGUGUGAAAGGUUCUCUUGGUGAGGGAUGAGAGAGCGAGAGAGAAUUGGGAAGAAUUUUAAUCCCCUAAGCUAGAAUGUCUGUCUGUGGAUGCAUAUAGUUUCCCAUUUCCGUUCUCAUUCCCCUCACUCUCUCACAGUGCCACAGUUGACAGAUGCAGAGAGAGAGAGAGUCCAGUUGAUAUGCGUGUUUUGCAUAUUUGACAGUUUUUUCAUUUGAAUAGCCUCUCUCACUCUCACGUGUGGCUGAUAAAUGCCACAGCCAGGGGAGUGUGAGAGAGAUAGCGUGCCAUUGAGGGGAAAUUUUUGCUCAUGACUCUCCAUGAAUUUCGCAUAAAUACAUACAUCUCACUCUCGCAUAGCUAAAUACUUCCGCUCUACUCUCUCAUCCCAUGCAGACAAUAUUCUGUCUCUUUCCCACGGUGGGUCCGUGACAGAGUAGGUUGAAUUUGCCGGACGCCAGGCAGAAAAUUUCAGUUCACAAAAUACCGUCUUCAGUCUACGAGCGACUACGUGUACGAAAGGUCGCGCUGUUUCGCAUCCCCGCAACAUUUUUGCCGCUUUUAUUGCUUAUUAAUGUAUUAAAAAAAAGAAUUCAACAAAGGAAAAAUUAAUAAAAAAUAAAAAUCCGGUGAAUUGAAUUCAAACGCUGUUUCGGGAAAAAAAGCAAGAAGCUCUUGAGAAAAGAAAAUUCUGAGAAAAUCUGGAAAAAAACGGAAGCACAGAGAAAAUCCACUGAAGUUUCUUCCUGAGAACAAGGAGGUUUUUUUGUGUGCAAAAGCCGCGUAGUUUCGUACUACACUAACACUUGUUUCGGAUAAAAAUCAGUAACCUCUCAAGAAAAGAAAAUUCGCCGAGACUACCGCGAAUCCCGCAAAGUUGGGAUUCUCCGACAAAGCUCCUCUUGUGUGUCCGCAAAAAAGGUGUUGGUGGUGGAAGCAAAAGUUUAAAAAAAAAAGUUAAAGGAAGAGAAAUUAAAAAAAAUCCUUAGAACUUGAAAAAUCCUUCUAAAAAAAAUUUUUAAGGGAUUCCAAUUACAUCCUUCUUAAACAAAAAGAUAAAUAAACCCACGUGUAGUUCUGAACAAAGAAAGAAAAAAAUUAAUCAAAUCUUUAAAAAAAAUUCUAUCUGCUAGAUGUUCUUAAAAUUAAUCGCAUAAAUUCUUAUUAAAAAAAAAAAUAACACAAAAAUCAUAAUAAUUCUUGAGUGAUUGUGAAAUGCAAGUUUGUGAAAAAAGUUUUUAAAAUCUUAAUCCAAAAUAUUACGAUAACAUAUAAUAAAUUAGCAGGUUAAUCGCAUCUUCUCUCUCGUCUAUAGAACUCGUUAAUACGACAUAUUUUGUGCUAUAUAUAAAGGAAAAACAAUCUUCUAAGUGUGUGAGUUUUAUGCAGAAAUAAAAGAAAAUUGUAGAAAGGUGUACAUUGAGGAAAAGAAAAAGUGUUCUUUCCAGUAAACUCCCUAAAACACUCGCUUAAGGAUCUUUGGCAUUGAAAUUGGUAUCAACCUUUGACAACCUUGCCCUGGCUUUGCUGUAGAGCUUUUUCAGCUGAUGGAAAAGCAUCUUGACGUGACAGAGAAAAUUUUCCAAUAGUGAAAGGCUACAAAGGAAAGCUCCCGAAAGCUCCCCCAUAGAGACACUCUGCAAGCUGACAAGAAACUGCUUCUGCUUUGCCAUAUAAACAACCCCCGUGGAGAGAAAGUUCGUGCGAAAAUCUCUUGAAAUUUGAUGCUGUGAGGAAUUCAAACUCUAGUCCACAAAUUUGCCAUCAAUUUUCGCGCCAAAGUGGAGGAUUUUGUUCUUUUUCAUUGCAAAAGUCCAUGAGAAAGCUUUCCGACAACGAGAAACUUGUGAUAGAGUGAUAGGAAAAGCUCCUGCAGGUUUAACAACAACAGUCACAGUUUGAAAACUGCCAAGAAAAAGUGCUGCGAAUUUUUUUUCGCAAAAACUGAGAACAUUAGAAAAGAAAAUUGAAGAGAGCUUUUACUGAGAAAGCUCCUCAGCCAUAAGAGAGAGAGAGAGGAAAUAGGAAAAAAAUAAGAGAAAACUCUUCCAGCAGCGAAAGCUUGCAUUGUGAGGUAAUAAAAGAAGGUGUCGCGAGUGAUUUUCGCGUGUGUCGUGCGUGAGUGAUUUCACAAAGUCAUCGUUAAGAGAAAAAAAAGAGAAUUUAAGCAGAGAGAGAUGGCUACCAUGGUCAAUAUGAACAAUCUUCUCAACGGAAAAGACUCACGCUGGCUCCAGCUGGAGGUUUGCCGUGAGUUUCAGCGCAACAAAUGUUCACGCCCGGACACUGAGUGCAAAUUUGCCCACCCACCGGCUAACGUGGAGGUCCAGAAUGGUCGUGUGACCGCGUGCUACGACAGUAUUAAGGGACGGUGCAAUCGCGAGAAGCCACCCUGCAAGUAUUUUCAUCCGCCACAGCACCUCAAGGAUCAGCUCCUCAUCAACGGGAGGAAUCACUUGGCCCUCAAGAAUGCUCUAAUGCAGCAAAUGGGAAUUGCCCCUGGACAACCCGUUAUCCCUGGGCAGGUGCAAACAGUGGAUGUCCAGAAUGGAAACACAUCUGUCUCACCUAUAGGACUUUCACUUCAAUUUGGAUCGCAGCCCAUUAUGGCCACAAAUCCCUACCUGACCGGCAUGCCUACAAGCACCUACAGUCACUACUUUGCACCUGGUCACCUGAUGCCCACAAUCCUAGGUCCGGAUCCAUCGACAGUGUCACCCCUGGGUCCCGUUGUUCCACAAGCCGUUCCAGUAGCCCAACAGAAGAUCCCUCGAUCAGAUCGGCUCGAGGUGUGUCGCGAAUUCAUGCGCGGCGCCUGCAAGCGAGCCGAGUCCGAAUGCCGUUUUGCUCACCCGCCUCAGGAGAGCGUUUCAACGCACGAAGACGGUUCCGUCACGGUGUGCAUGGACGCCGUGAAGGGUAGAUGCGCACGUGACCCCUGCCGCUACUUCCAUCCUCCCUUGCACCUUCAGGCGCAAAUUAAAGCAGCCCAGACACGCGCAACCGCGACUGCUCCCGUGGUGAGUGCUGCCUCUGGACAAAUUCUGAGCACAUCAGCUGCCGCCGCUGCUGCAAAUUUGCCGCCCGCUCACGCUGCUGCGGCUCCCUUGGCCGCCACCCUCGGCCAUCCACUGGAAGUUGGCAAGAAGCGUGCCGCAGAGAAUGAUGCCAUGUUCCAACUGAUGGAUGUCAAGUCCGUUGGAUCCUUCUACUAUGACAAUUUCGCUUUCCCCGGCAUGGUACCUUAUAAACGGCCAGCUGCUGAUAAAUCAGGCAUACCUGUAUAUCAACCAGGCGCAACCACUUAUCAGCAAUUGAUGCAACUGCAACAGCCAUUUGUUCCAGUGUCAUCAUCUCUUGUGCCCCCUAAUGCCCCCUACGUAAUCUACACUGAUGCCAAUGGACAGUUACUGGACACCCUCCCGGUGUGCCAAGAUUUUAAUAGAUCCAAAUGCAACCGUCCAACCUGCAAACUUGUACACUUAACAGAAGUGGACAAAGUCGAAGUGCACGAUCAGAGAGUUGCCGUGUGUCGAGAUCACGCCAAUGGGAAUUGCAGACGUCAACACUGUAAAUACUACCACAUCCCGGUUAUCCUGCCGCCUGCAUAUAUAAUGUCUGCCUUGUACAGAACUUCGUCAUCUUCUUCCCCCCUUGUGUCCAUUGCCUCAAACUAGAAGAGGUUAAGGGGACAUUUAAAAAGAAAAGCAAAGAAACAACUCUUCAACAUGCUGUUAUGUGUGCAAAAUUUUGCUCUGGACGCUAACAUACCGACUAAAAGGAAAAUGGAAGUUUGCAAAGAAAAAAAACCCGGAGCUCCCCUAAGCCCUCAGAAAAAAAGGAAAGAAAAAAAGUAAAAUCAAACGGAGAAAUGCAUCGACUUCCGUGGAGGGAAUUUUUAAAUUAUUAACUAGAAUUUAACAAAUUUCUCUGUAAGAAUUAAUAAAUCUCUAUAGCACAUAGUGGAGCGGAUAGGUGACCAUUUUUUUUUAAUUUGAAUGGAUUUAAGGAGAAGAAAAAAGAAGAAGAGUUUUGUGUAAAAUCAAGGGAAAGUAGAAAUAUUUUUACCAACACGUCCUACUGGAACAACGAUAAAUUAACAAACCAACAAAAAUAAAAAAUAAAUUUAAAAAAAGUGGAAUUUUACAUAUAAAAAUAAAUUAACAAAAUAUACUUUUGAGAAAUUCCUUCAAGUUUAACGAAAGAAAAUAAAAUCUACUUUCAACAAUUUGGGUCAAUUUUUUGUGUUGAUUUUAUUGGGAAAAUCAAUUAAAACAACUUUAUUACAUUUUUUACAAAAAAAAAUUGUGACGAGGGCUUCUUUCAAAAAGAUCCCUUUUUAUUGUUUUCUGUUUAAUCCUAAACAAGAAGUGAACUCAAUUUAUUUUGUUUUUCUUUACACACGGUUUCGUUAACUUAACGAAAAAGAUUUUUUACAAUAUACGCUUCAAAGUUCGUGAUAAACCUUGUUUAUUUUUUUCUUUUUUGUUUGUCGUGAAAUUUACUCAUUUUCUUGGAAAAUCAUCUUACUCAAAAAUUCAUCAAAAAAUAAUUUUUAUUAAUUUUUUUCUGUAUAUAUUUGAAAUUUUUUUAUUUAACGAAACUUUAAAAGUAAGUUUAAAGAAAAAAGUCUAAUAAAAAGAACGAAAGAAAAAAGUAAUUAAAAAAAAAUAACAAAUGAAAAUACUCAUCAAUGAAGAAUAAAUAACAAUAAAUCUAAUUAAUAAAAAUAAUUAGAUUCUAUCUCUAAACUACACACAAUCUUAUCUUUAAAAAAAAUGAAGAAAAAAUAAGAAAAAUAUUCUAAACAAUACAAAAAGAAAACUAGAACGUUAAAAAAAAGUCAUGGAAAGAUUAAUUUCUGCAAUCUUUACCUGCAAAAAAAAUCUCAGACAAUUACGGAAAGAAGAGAAAAGAGAAGUGAAGAAAAUAUUGAGAUUAAGAUUUAAAAGAAAAAAAAAAGAGAAGAAAAGUGAAAUCAAUGUAAAAUGUAUUUUUAUACUAAGAAUUAUUGAUAAAUAAAAAAAUCAAUUUGAUUUUAUAUACAAAAUAUAUAUUAACUAUAAAAAGAAGAAGAAUCUUAAAGAAAUAGGAAUGAAGAAGAAAAAUUAUUCUCAUGAAAAUUUCGUUAUUUCUUAAAUGAAAAUUAAAUGAACGUCAAGCAGAAUUAACGAAUGAAAGAAAAACGGUAUAAAUUUCAUUUUGAAAUUUUCAAACAUUCCGGCACUUUGGUUUCAAACAUUGACACAAAAAUUUUACUCUAUUUUUUACAAAUUUUUAACCAAAAUAUUUCACACAAAAAUUGCGUUUCAUUGAGCAGCUUGACAGAGAGCCCCGUAGUUUAAAAAAGAAAAGAAAUAAUAAAUGAAAAAUUAAAUAAGGAAAACUUCCUAGAAUUAACCCAUUUUUUGCGUUAGUUGACAGUAAGGGAAAAAAUAAAAUUUACCAUUAAACUUAAGGAUUAAGUAGGUUUAGAAAUUUAAAAAUGAAAUACUUGGCAGUAAUGUAAAGUAAAAAUAUUAAUUAAAUGAAAAAAUACCCAUUAGUUAGGAUAUUUUCUAAUAAAAAGAAAGAAUAAGUAAAUAGACCAUAAAAAAUAGAUAAAAGAAAUACAGAAAAAAGGAUAAAAAUUUGCAGAACUUUUUUUUUCUGCUGAAUUAUUUAAAGUUUUUUGUCUCUCUUGUUUAUGAAUUUGUUUUCUUUCUUUUCAAAUUUUUGAAAAUUAUCUUUUCAAAUUAUUUGAAAAUUAUCUUUCUUCAGAAAUUUUUGAAAAUUGUCUUUCUUCAGAAUUUUUAUUUUCUGAAUUAUGUUCUGCAUUCUUAAAAAAAAAAAGAAAUAAAGCAACAUAUUCUUCAAGAAGUUAAGAAGUCAUUUUUGAUAACUUAUCCCUUCAUCUGUUUUUUUUUUCAAUUUUACUUUAAAAUAUUUUUUAAAUAAUCCAGCAAAAAUAAAAUUAUUUUCUUUUGAAACCUUCAAAAUUUCUGCAAAUAAACCUUACAUCCUUUCCAAAUCCUUUAAUUUUUAAUUCCCUAAAGAAAAAAAAAAAACAAUAGAAAGCUAAAAAAAAAGAAAUAUAGAAAAAAACAGUACAUAAAAGUUGAAAAAAAGUCUUUUGAAAAAGAAGAAAAUCAACAAUUCUGUUCAAAAUCAACAACAAAGACCUGUAAUAAAAAAAAAUCUUUGUAAAAAGUUAUUUAGGAAUUUGUAUCUCUCCUCCGUUUUCUUGUGAGUGAGAUGCGAAGGUAUUAAUAAAAAAUAGAAAAAAAAAGAAAUAAAUAAAACGAUAGAAAUAUCGCGUUGAAAGAAAUGCAAAAUAAAUGCAAGAACUUUAUGCAUUUUUUGCCCAUUUCUUUUCGCAUUGAAAGGACAGUGGCUAAAACAAGAUAAAAGAAAUUUUCUAAAAAAGAAAAAGGAAAAAUAAAAUAAGGAAAAACUGGUCUAAAAAAAACAAGUAAAUAAAAUCAGAGUGGAGCCAAUUGGAUGUGAAAAUAAAAUAAUGAAAAAUAAAUCUCAAAAUUAUCAUAUAAUUUUCGAGAUAAAUUAUAUAGUUUUGAAAAAGAAUAAAGAAAAUAAAUAUUUUUGAGAAAAUGUCCUGCGACAUUUUGUGGGAGAAAGAAAAAUCCAAUACGGAAUCAUUUUUAAACUCAUUUUCACUUUUUAAAUUCAACGAAUGAUGGGAAAAUUAUUGAUGGAUAAAUUGUUAUUUGAAAAAAAAACUAAAUGCAAACUGUGAUAACAUUUUAGGUAGUGGAUGAAAAAAGCUGUUUUGAGAGAGAUGAGGAUUAUUAAAGGAAAAAAAACGUGAGACAUAGCAUGAGGAAUUCAGAAUAAGAUGUGAACAAUUUAAAAGAAAAAAUGCAAACAUAAUUUUUAAGUGAAUUUUUACAAAAUAAUUAAUUUUAUCAAACAACAGAAAACAAUACAAAAAUCUUCACCGUGAGAGAUGAUUGAGAACAAAACUAUAUAGAUUGUAGGACAACAAGAUACUUUUUGCUCGCCAUGCUUAACACAGUUUUAAAGAAAACAACUUCUUUUACUAAAAAACAAGUCACAGCUUAAAAAAGAAAAUAUUCCCACUCGCAAUUCCUCCCUCUUUUUUGCAUUAAAGAAAAGGCAAAAAACCAGUGAUUCCAGGCCUGAAAUUUAACAAAGAAAAAUUGUUACAUUUUCGUCCUAAUUUCUUAAGUCAAAAUCUUUACUAGUCAAUGCGCAAAAUUUUCCUCUUUUCUUUUAAAUUUUUCAAAUAAUAAAAAAUAAAACUUUCUGCAACAAAUUAAUGCAAAUUACGUUGACCCCUCGUAGAUCCCAAAUUUUAAAGCUUUAGCUUAUUGAGACGCUUUUGUGACUCAUAAAGUCGCGUCUUUGAGACUAAAACUAUGUAAAACUUUAACCCUUUAGUCUGUUGCUGAAGCCUAAAAUUCUCAUUGUAAAGAAAAUGCAGCAGAAAGUUAAAGACAUAAAAAAAUGCAUUUCAGUUUGGCAUUGAUGGUUUUCUUUGAGGUUUCACAACAAGAAGUUUAAAUAAUCUUCAAGGAAAGAAAAGAGAUGAAAAUCUAGAGAGAGUCUUGUGCCGAAAACUUGUUGGCGGUCAAAUGAAUUUUAGAAGUUUUGUCUUGAGAAGAUUCGUUCUUUUAUUUUUUUUUUAAAUCUUAGCGCUAAUUUAAGUCCCAUAUUCUGGAAUAAAAUAAUGCAAAGAUCUUAAUUUUUCUAUUGAAUUACUUUUCUCAUGGAAAUUUAAAAAUAAAAAUAUCAAUAUAACCUAAAAAAUCAGAACUUUUGGACCGUAUUCUGUAAAGUUUCAUUCUUUGUAAAAGCUUUGAAUUACAAACAUUGAAAAUGAAAACUUUAAUACAUUACUUCGUUAAUUUCUGAAAUCAAAAAAUUAUCAAUACCUAAUGAAAGUUUUCAAAUUGAUCAAAGAUUCUAGAAGCUGCAGAGAUGGGUUUUCGACCUUUUAUUUGAACCUUAAGCGACUAUUGGGCUAUAUGAUAAUCGAAACGAGAAAUAAAACAUUUUCUUUAAUAAGAAUUAAAUUAACUCUUUGACAUUAUUUAUAUCGAACAUUAUCCCAAAUGUAAAACAUUCUAUUUUAACAAAAAAUAAUGAAUUUAAUUAAUUUUCUUGAAUUUAAAAUCGUUGAGUUUACGUAAAUGAAGUCAAAGAAGACGUUCUGAUUAGGAAUAUCUUCUAAGAACAUCCAUUGUCUUGAAAAGAUCUAAUGUUUCAACGUUUUUCUGUGUGUUCUCACCUUUAAUGAGAAUUUGAAGACAAAUAAUUAAUAUAAUUUUCACUGAGGUUCAAAUGACGCCGAUAUAGCAAAGGAAUUGAACGAAAUAAAUUCAGUGACAGAAUUUUAUUUGUUUCACAAAAGUUUCAACACUGAAAACAUGAAAAAUAAGGGCUUUUUUCCUGAUCGUGCAGGGACAUUAUGUUUUACGUGGAAGUUAUAUGAUUAAUGUAUUUUUUUUAAGGUUAAAAAUACAUUAAAUUUACAUAGAAUGACCAAAAACAGAAGUUUAGAAAGAUAAAUAUCUUCUGAGAUUAUCCACAGAAUAAAUAAUCGUUACAAAAUGGCCGAAUGUAUUUAUGUUUCAUAUGAUUGCGAAAAAUUAACCACAUGAAACAUUGAAACAUUCAGUUGUUUUAUCAAGGACAUUUCCGGAGGGCAUUUAUCAGUCAAAACAUCUUAUUUGCCCUCUUUUAUUCAUAUUUAAUAGGCUUCUCACUUAGAAAAUUAAUUCAAUUAGUUGAAUUAAUUAAAAUUCAUGUGAAUGUAAUGUUUCAUGUUUGUAUCAUCAUAAGAUCUAUUGAACGCGAAAGGGUUAGGCAGGAAAGAAUACUUUCAAAUGAUUCAACCAAUAUAUGCAGCCCGCCGCUAAUUUUCAUCAAGCACAAGACUCCAGACAUUCAUCUCAAUUCUCAACUAAAGAAAAUUAUUUAAAAUUUCUUUGAAGCCAAACCCUUCUAAAUUCUGCUAUAUACAUAAAAAUUUCAAAAUAAGCAAAGAAAAAACUCCACAACUCACGCAUAGCACACAUUUUUCCAAUAGAAAAAAAAGUGAUUUUUAGAUGAAAAUCAACGGGAAAAAGCCACUAGAAGAUAUUUCACAAAAAAAAAUCAGAUAAACUUCUGAGAGGAAGAGUAAAAAUUUAUUAAAUAAAGCAAAAAAUUGCCAUUUUCCUGAUGAAUGAACCAGGAGGUGAAAAUCUUAAUGAAUAUAGUCAUCUAAGUUGAUUAAGAUCGGGUUUUCUUGUGUAAAUAGUUAGUAAGAAAAGUUGACGUAGUUUAUCAAGUGAAAUGAGUUUUCUUUUUAGUUGAUAAAAUUCAUUUUAUUCGGCGAUUGAAAAGAAAAUGGGAGAAAAACACAUUUCUGCAGUUUUGGAGGAAAAUAUCAACGGAAUUAAUGUUCCUAAAAAAAUUAAGAAAAAUGUGUUUUAAGAGCAAGAUUCUUUAAAAAUCUUCUGCACACGUUGAAUGGGCAGAAUGGGUUUCCCAUCUUUUUUUUUUUUGGUGUGGAUGAGAAAGAAAAAGUCUCUGUAUUACAUUUAAAAAAAAAAGAAAAAAAUGAAAGAAUUAAGAAGUAAAUUAAAUUUAAAAAUAAAAAAAAACUGAAAUAAAUGUAAAAAAAAAUACUAUUGAAAUAAUUAUUAUAUAAAUUAUUAAUUAAUUAAUUAUAUUACAUUUAGUAAGUUAAGUGAGGAGACUUUUGAAACACACGCAGAAAAUAGCAAAAGAAAAUGUAAUUGAGACGUUGUUGAGUUAAGUAAUUUACAUGGAAGAAGUGAAAGAACGAAGGUAACAAGUAAAACUAUAUAUAUGUACAUUCAAAAUUAAAAGAAAAAAAAGAAAAAAGGUAAAAUUAGUAAUGAAAAGAAUUAAACAAUAUCGAUUGAGAACGAACUUCAAAGUGAUUGAAUGGGACUGAAUGUUUGAGGAAGAAUCUCUUAAAAAAAAAGAAUAAAUUAAAAAUAAAUUUAAUAAAAAAAAUAGAAAUCACGUUAGAUAGUUCGUGGGAGCUUUUUUUUGGGGGGCGCUUUGGGGCAGAGUACGAACGCGAAGCUCUCAGGGGGGCUUUCACAUCCUCCCCGUCUAAAAUGUUUGGCAAAGGCUCGACAAAUCAUAUUUUCAGAAUGAAGUAAAAAGGAAAGAAACCAAAAAAAAAUCAUAUUCAAUUCAUAUCAUUUUUUCGCGUGGAUGGAAAUUUUUUCCGUAGUUGUUUGAACAUUUUUUGACCCAUGUCGAUGGAAAGCUCUUCGAAAGCUCCAAGCCGCCUGCUCCCAGCCAUCCCAUUUGUUCCUCAUCACCCUCUUAAAAUAAUUCCAUGAAAACAAUUCAAAAGAAAUAAACAAUCAAAGUUCUUUAAAAAGAAAUUUCCCUUAAAAAAGAUUUUUUUUAUUUUCUCAUUUUUAUUUUCAAAAACUUUGAAUUUAUUUGUAUAAUUAAUGAAAAACUAUUUUAAAAAAAUCAUAUAAAAGUAUUUACAAAGAAAAGCAAACAAUGAAAAAAAAAUACACAAUCACAUAAAAAAAUAAAUAAAAAUCAUAUGCAAAAAACAUAAGUUCAAUAAACUGGUUACUAAUCUUGAAGGAAAUAAUAAAAAAAGGAAAAAAAAGAAAGUGUUUUAGGUGAAAGAGGAAGAUUAUGAGUGAUAAUUUUAUGAAAAAAAAAAAAUAAAUAAAAAAUUAAGAAAAUAGACAUAAAAUACACUGAUAAUUAAAAAAAAAACUCAGAAGUUUUUCAACUUCGGGAGGUAAUUUAAAAAAAAAUGAAAACUAUUAUUAUAUAUUGUAAAAAGUUUUUUAUUCUGGAGAAAAUCAAAUGACAAAAAAGCCUGAAAACUUUACCCCCAAUAGUCCAUGAAAAUUUAAACAAAAAAAAAACAUUUUUUUUUUAAGUUUCUGAAAGAACAAAUUUCAAAAAUGCAAAGUAAAAGAUCAUCCUCCAGAAAGAAAUGAAAAAAAGCAAAACAUAAAUGAACACACAUUUUACAUAAAAGUAAACAAAAUGAAAGAGAAAUAAAAGAAAAAAAGUGGAAAAACAUGAUGAAAAAAAAGUAUAUAAAUAUGAAAAAUAUUGCAACUAAUAAUUAUUAUGAUAUAUUACAAAUAUACAUAUAAAUAAAAAAUUGUGAAUCUUUAUACAAAACGUAAAAUAUUUAUAUAUAUACAUUAAAGAAAAAAAAGAUGAAUAAACGAAGAAAAUAUAUGAUAUUCCUUUUUAAUCAAUACAAGAUGAAGAAGAAGAAAAAUCCAUGAAAAGAUGAAUGAAAUCAUUCGAAAAGAAAUUUAAAAAAUUUACAAAAAAAACACCACAAUUGACAUCACGAAUAAUUUUACAAAAAAAAGAACCUUUUCUUUGUGUUUUUUCUUUUUCAAAAAUUCAGUUCUAAGACUUUUAACUAUUUAAGGAAAAAAAAUUAAAUAGGAAUGAUAGGAAAAAAAUCAAGGCGAGAGAAAUUUUAAAACAAUAAGGAAAGAAAAUUCCUACUUAGGGGAAGAAAAAUAGAGAAAAUAGACGUGAAAAACGCGAGGAAAAUUUAAAAAAAAAGGAACAAAAUGCGAAGAAAUUAUUCAAUAUUUUCCAUUGUGAUGAAAUAAAAAAAUAAAAUGAGAAAAAAAUCAUGUGAAAAAAAACUAUAGAAGCUGAUGAAUAAAAUAAAAAUGUUAUUGAUAAAUUGAAAA